AUGAAGCGGAAAUUAGCCGCCCUCGGAUACCAGAGCGCGUCUCUGGAGACCAGCAGCGGCAAGGGCAAGGGCAAGGGCGGCCGAUCCAAGACAUCCACGCGGACUUCUACCUUGUGGAAAGGAUGUGGCUUCGAUCAGCUCAAAGGCAUAACUCGUUCGGCCGUCCUGGAGGUGCUCGUCGCCACGACCGGGCACAUCUCGGCAGGGCCUGCGGCGCUGCGGCCAGCCUGGAACAGCCGCGGGGCGAGCCCGGAGGGGUGGCCGUUCCUGGGCCACGGGUUCGACGAGGAGAGUGGCUUCGAGUGGAAAGGGGCUACGGUAACGAUGUACCUUGUCACCUUCACGUGCAUGGGCAUGGCAUGGUCUGGGACUGCACCGAGGCGGUGCUGCUGCAACCGCACGCGGAGCACAAGGCCCUGGCCCCGCCGGGGGAGUGGCAGGACCGCGCCGACAGCCAGGCCCUGGCCCCGCCGGGGGAGUGGCAGGACCCCAGGCUGA